UAUUUUUCUAUUAUUCCUAUCGUUGUUGACAAGAGGUGAGUUUAAUACUUGAACACUGUCGCGUUAGUGUGUUUUAUUAUUUAAUAGUUUUGAAGCUUUAUCAAUAUUGCGGCACAUCUAGAUUUUAUACAUUUUAAUCAAGUUAUUUUUAUAUUAUUGUACGCGCAUCUCUUUUUAGAAUUAUACGUAUACACGAUGACGUCAGUCAGUAGUGAACUCACUUCUGGUGUCCGUACCUUAAAGGAGUUAAAUGCAAGGCGCGCUUCCGUUAAGGGACAAGUUACCAAGUUUAAAAAUUAUUUAAAUGGUUUUCAAGUCGGAAGUAAGUUAACUAAUAUUCAAGUAGCUGAAUUGAAACUUAAACUUGGUAAAAUUGAGACACUGUUAACAAAGUUUGACGAGUUGCAGGAUCAGAUUGAGGUUUUAAAUUCUGAUGCCAUAGAAAUUGAAUUGCUGGAGCGGGAAAAUAUUGAGCAUUCUAUAAUUGCUGAAAUGGCAAGAGCUAACUCAAUUCUUAACGGUCAAGGGGAAUCAUCAAGACGUGAGUCUAUCCUUCCGGAUGCUCAGUGUGGUCUUGAUCACGAUAUGGGAUUUAAAUUACCCCAAAUACAAAUAACUAAAUUUAACGGAAAGUAUUUUCGCUGGCUUGAAUUCCGCGACACCUUUUCUAAUCUAGUGCAUAAAAACGAUCGCAUUGCACCCAUACAUAAGUUUUAUUAUCUGAGUUCAUAUUUGGAAGGUGAGGCGGCUAGCGUGAUUGAAAAUUUAGAAGUGUCGGCUGAUAAUUACGGUCAAGCAUGGGAGUUGUUAUGUAAUAGAUAUGACAACAAACGGUUACUCAUUAACGAUCACUUAAAUUCCUUGUUUAACAUUCAGACGAUGUCGCGAGAAUCCGAGAGUUCGUUACGUCAUUUUCGUACUAGAGAACGCUACGCUCGCGUCGAAAAGUUGCGCCAGAGUUUUUGGAAACGUUGGCAAGGCGAAUACAUCGGCGAGCUGCAACAAAGAUGUAAAUGGAGAGUGAACAAAGCCGAUCUAAAGGUUGAAGAUAUGGUCCUGAUUCAUGAAGAAAACACGCCACCCUUAUGCUGGCGCCUUGGACGAGUCCUGCGUCUGUUUCCUGGUCCGGAUGGAGUCUCCAGAGUAGCUGACGUCAACACAACGAGAGGCACCAUACGGCGCCCUCUCACUCGCCUCUGCCCGCUACCGACGCCUGAGGAUCUAUGCGGUUGAAGUCGAUGUCUUCAACAGGGGGGAAGAUGUUCCGGCCAGCGCCUUCUUAAAUCAAGUCCGCAAUUAUCACCCGCGUAUAACAAAACCAGCAUUUUGCAUAGGAGUUUCUUGCCAAUAAAUUUGCAAUCUCACUUUCGUUCUGACCUCUUGACCGAACGCAUCAUUUACACAAUUUGUACAAUUUUAUAAUUAAUAUAAG